AAAUUCUCUUAAGGCAUAUCAAAUGGAAGUCGUACUUGUGUGUGUGUGAUAAAGCGUGUCUAUGGUUUACGGUAAUUUUGGUUGUAAUUAUAUUUCUCAUGAUAGUACGUCUCGAACGGUACAUAGAGCGAAUGUCGUGAGCAGUGACCGUAUUUGUUACAAUUUCUGCCAAAUUGUUAAUUAAAUGUCCCAUAUUACGGCUACGUCAAGUGGAAUGGAGCGUAGUAUUCAUGAAAUGUUGAAGGAUGCACCCUCCUUAAAUGAAAGUGAUAGUGCUGUACAUACUGGAACUCCUCCUCCUCAUGUACCAAACAAUUGUAGCAAUGAUGGUCAUCCAAGGCCAGCCACUAUAAACUUGAGUCUAGGAAGUCCUACUACUCCGAUUUACAUCUGUAUGCCUACAGCAGUAGCAGUUUCACCGAGUACACCUGUUCAGAAUGGUGAUACACAAACCAUGCGUACCACCCAAAGUAAAAUUGAGAGUUUGAAAAAUUGGAGUAUUUCCACAUACAAAUGCACCAAACAAUUAAUGUAUGAAAGAUUAGGGAAAACGUCGCGUACUGUGGACUUUGAACUUGAAACACAGAUCGAAUUGCUCAGAGAUACUCAGAGAAAAUAUUGCAAUGUUUUGCGAUUAUCACGAGCUUUGGCAUCACACUUUCAUCACGUUGUUCAGACGCAACACGCUCUCGGAGAAGCGUUUUCUGAAUUAGCACAAAAAUCGCCUGAACUUCAAGAGGAAUUUCUAUAUAAUUCGGAAACACAAAGAAAUUUAACUAAAAACGGCGAAACACUUCUAGGGGCCUUAAAUUUCUUCGUUUCCUCUGUGAAUACCUUGUGUAAUAAAACGAUAGAGGACACGCUGCUCACAGUAAGACAAUACGAAACUGCAAGGAUAGAGUAUGAUGCAUAUAGAACAGAUCUAGAAGCUCUUGUGCAAGCUACAAAAUCAGACAGUAAUAAUGUGGCAAGAUUAGAGGAGGCACAGGCUAAUUAUGAAGGACACAAGCAGAAUUUCGAAAAAUUGCGCUCGGAUGUUUCCAUUAAAUUGAAAUUUUUGGAUGAAAACAGGAUUAAAGUAAUGCAUAAACAACUUUUGUUAUUCCAUAAUGCUGUAUCUGCUUAUUUCUCGGGGAAUCAAACUGCAUUGGAAGCAACUCUCAAACAAUUCAACAUCAAGGUGAAAUCCCCAAACUCUACUUUACCGUCGUGGCUGGAACAGUAGUCUAUUUAAAUUGAUUUCAUCCUACUGUAAAGGAUAUGAAUAUACAAAUGCGACGUCUGCCGAAUUAGUCCAAGUUGUAAAACGCAGAAAGUAAAGGUAAAACAGUUAUCAAAAAGAAUUCGACGUACAUAAAAAUUGUCAGUAUUGUGAGCUGCCGUUGAAUUUGACUACUUAAUAAAGAGUGAAAAAAUUACGAGAUUCA